AUGCAAGGUAGGAGAGUAGCAAGAGAACUUGUCUUUGAUCCUGAAAUAGAGAAAACAGCUAAAGCAAACAGGAAAGCAGUUCGGUUAGCCCGAGAGGCUGCCCGGUUAGCAGGUGUUGCACAAGAAAGUAGUGAAGAAGCGGUUUCUAGUCCAAACACAUCGGACAACGAAGCCAACAUCAUGGCUGAAAAUCCACCACCACCUCCACCAGUUGUGCCUGAGAGGAUGUUAGGUGACUAUGGGCAAAGAAACAAUGGAGAGCUUGCCAAUCUGGGUUUCCAACCGAGAAAUCAUGUGUCAUUUGAUAUCAAGAAUUCAGUGCUCAGCGCCCUCAAAGAGAAUCAAUACUCAGGGGCAGAAACACAAUGUCCAAAUCUCCACCUGGAGCAUUUCUACGAAGCUUGUGACUAUACAGACCCACCAGGAGUAUCUGAAUCAGAUAAAAGAUUAAGGCUUUUCAAGUACUCGUUAACUGGAAGAGCUAAAGACUGGCUGGACACAAUACCACCUAACACCAUCAAUACUUGGCAAGAGCUAGAGAUGAAGUUCAUGGAUAGGUACUUCCCAAUUCACAAGUAUCUUGAAAGAAGAGCUGACAUUACAAGUUUUGAGCAAGGAGACUCUGAAACAUUGUAUGAUGCCUGGGAAAGAUUCAAACUGAGCCUGAAGAAGUGUCCUAAGCAUGGGCUUGAUAGUCAUACUCAAAUGCAACAUUUCACACAAGGAUUGAGAGCUCAAACUAGAAUGUUUCUAGAUGCAUCGGCAGGUGGAUCUUUGAAAAAUAAAAAUCAAACUCAAGCUAGAGAGUUGGUGGAAUCCAUGGCUCAAAAUGAGUACAGAGUUGAAAAUGAUCGUGGUGCAAAGAAGAAGGCAGGCAUGAUAGAGCUUGAUACUCAAACUGCUCUUUUGGCCCAAUCUACAUUGAUGAAUUCUCAAAUGGCAGCUGUGUUGAAACACCUCACUAGCACUCCUAAUGCCCAAAUGCCAGUCAUGGCAGCUAAUGAAGUGAAAUGUGACUUUUGUGGACAAGGGCAUGCUAAUGGCCAAUGUUUUCCUGAAGGGUCAGAAGAGGCAAAGUACCUAGCCAACUUCAAAAGGAACAACCCAAAGUAUGAUCCAUAUUCAAACACUUAUAACCCAGGUUGGAGAGAUCAUCCAAACUUUGGUUGGGGAGGAAAUCAAAACUCAAAUCAAUCUCAACAACAAUCUUCUUCACAAAACUCUCAACAAAGGAGACCUUCUCAAUUAGAGGAUACACUUACUCAAUUCAUAAAGGUUACUCAAGGGAACUUCGAAGCUAUGAAGGUUAGCCAAGAUCAAAUGAAAACCAACCAAGAUAUUGCCAACAAGAAUCAUGAAGCUUCAAUUAAGAACUUGGAAACUCAAGUUGGGCAAUUGUCAAGGCAAUUCGCGGCUACUCAAAAUAAUGGUUUUGAAGGUUCUACAAAGGAUAAUCCGAGGAAUGAAAGUUGCAAGGCGAUUAAUUUGAGAAAUAGAGUGGUUCCUUCACCUGAGAUUGUAACGAAGAAAAAGAGUGAGUCUAGUGUUGAGGGAGUGAAAGAAAAAAAUAAUGUUGAGGGAGAAGUUGAAAAUGAGAAUGAGGGAGAAGUUGAGAAUGAGUUGGAGAAAAUGAUUGAGAUUGAGAAAGAGGAGUUAGUUGAAGAUGAGAAAGAGAAAAAAAUUGAAAAAGAGAAUGAUGAGAAGUUAGUUGAAAAGAGAGGCAAGGGUGUAGAGGAGAAAGAAAAUUCUGUCCAUGCUAAAUUGCCAUAUCCGCGCAAGAAGAAGGCAAAGGCUAAUGAUCACCAACAAUUCAAAAAGUUUAUGAAGAUGCUUCAUGAUCUCCAAAUUAACAUUCCUUUUGCUGAAGUGUUGGAACAGAUGCCUGUUUAUGCCAAAUUCAUGAAAGAACUUAUGACAAAGAAGCGGAAACCUCUUGACGAUGAUACAGUGGAGAUGACAGAGGAAUGUAGUGCCAUAAUCCAAAAGAAACUUCCUCAAAAGAAGAAGGAUCCUGGAAGCUUUACAAUACCAUGUUCAAUAGGUAACAUCUCCGUUGGUCGAGCUCUAUGUGAUUUAGGAGCUAGCAUCAACCUAAUGCCAUUGUCAAUGAUGAAGAAGAUACCCGGAGCUGUUGCAAAACCCACAAAGAUGCAGCUCUCUUUAGCUGAUCGUUCUAUUGUACAUCCUUACGGAGUACUUCAUGAUGUGUUGGUAAGAGUUGCGGAGUUUGUUUUUCCGGCGGAUUUCGUCAUCCUUGAUAUGGAAGAUGAUGCAGAUGUAGAACCGUUGUUGUUGGGUAGACCAUUCUUAGCUACCGGAAGAGCAUUGAUUGAUGUUGAGAUGGGAGAACUUAUGUUGAGAACACAUGGGGAACAAGUCAUGUUUAACGUGUUCAAAGCUAUGAAACACCAUGAUGAUGAGCCACAAUGUUACAAGGUUGAUGUGAUUGAAGAAGUGGUAGAAGAUGUCUUAGUGGAAGAAACACCAUCCUUACCUUUAGAAAGAGUAAUUGUUAAUUCCAUCGAUGAUUUGGAAGAGGAAUGGGACAAGGAGAUUGAAAUUUGUCUCCGUCAACUUGAAUCAUGUAAAGAAGAAGAAGCACAAAAAGAUUUUGAAAAUGUGUAUGCUGUGGAAGAGAAAGUUAGUGGUAAGGAGGACUUAAAAGUUACUAUUCCGGAGUUGAAAGAGCUCCCCCCUCACUUAAAAUAUGUUUUCUUAGGAGAAGAUGCUUCACAACCGGCAAUCAUAAGCAGCAGGUUGAGUUCUUUGGAAGCAGAGAAGCUAACUAGAGUCUUGCGAGAAAAUAAAGAAGCCAUGGGUUGGAGCAUCUCUGAUUUGAAAGGGAUUAGUCCCGGAUUCUGUAUGCAUAAAAUAAAAAUGGAAGAUGAAUACAAACCUGUGGUGCAACCUCAAAGAAGACUAAAUCCAACCAUGAAAGAAGUGGUGAAGAAAGAGGUUCUUAAACUUCUAGAAGCUGGUAUGAUUUAUCCAAUCUCGGAUAGUGCGUGGGUUAGUCCUGUCCAUGUGGUCCCGAAAAAAGGUGGUAUGACAGUUGUGAGAAACGAAAAAAAUGAACUGAUACCCACUCGCACCGUCACUGGGUGGCGGAUGUGUAUAGACUACAGGCGGUUGAACUCGGCAACAAGAAAAGAUCACUUCCCUCUUCCAUUCAUGGACCAAAUGUUGGAAAGGCUUGCAGGGCAGGCCUAUUAUUGCUUUUUGGAUGGAUAUUCUGGGUACAAUCAGAUUGUGGUAGACCCAGAGGAUCAGGAGAAAACAGCUUUUACUUGUCCUUUUGGAGUGUUUGCUUACCGGAAGAUGCCUUUCGGGUUGUGCAACGCACCGGCCACAUUCCAGCGGUGUAUGCUAUCUAUUUUUGCUGAUAUGAUGGAGGACACAAUCGAGGUAUUUAUGGAUGAUUUUUCUGUGUUUGGUAAGUCUUUUGAUAAAUGUUUAGCCAAUUUGAAUGCCGUAUUGAAGAGAUGCAUAAGUACCAAUUUAGUUUUAAAUUGGGAAAAAUGUCAUUUUAUGGUUAAAGAAGGUAUUGUGCUUGGACACAAAAUCUCUUCAAAGGGCAUUCAAGUUGACCAAGCAAAGAUAGAGGUUAUUAAGGAAUUGCCCCCUCCCGUUAAUGUUAAGGGAGUGAGAAGUUUCUUGGGUCAUGCCGGUUUCUAUCGGCGUUUCAUCAAAGACUUUUCGAAAAUAGCUAAGCCCUUAAGUAACCUCCUUAAAAGUUGGUCACCGCGCCCAUAA